AUGCCGUUCUCAGCCAAGAAUGCCUACUCCUCCAUUGUUGCUGAAGACUACACCGACCCUCACCAUGAUCUCGUUUGGGCCUCAAAAGUCCCGAUCAAGGUCAAGAUCUUCGCAUGGCUACUCCUCAGCGAUCGGCUGAACACGAAGGCCAACAUGCUUCGCAAGCACAUUGCACAGUCAGCCGCAUGCCCUCGCUGUCAAGACCCUCAUGAGGACGCGCUCUACCUCAUCUCCACCUGUUCUUAUGCUACACAAGUCUGGACCUCCCAGGGUCUGCAAGCUCCAACCUCUAUUGAUGAUCUGCUCCAACACCCACCGCUUCAAGGCCUCAACCCAAACAUAUGGCCAUCGGUCGCUCUGACUAUCUCUUGGAAACUAUGGGACUCAAGAAACGCCCUUGUUUUCAGAAACGAAGACCACUCUCACAGGACCACGCUACGCAACAUUGUCGCUGAUUUCUCCCUAUGGGUUUUUCGGUUCAAAGGUUCAAAAAGAAGGAAGACAAUUUAUUCGCUAAGCAUUGGCUUCACUUCUUAUCCUCAGCUAUUCCCUAAAAAGCUGAUGUUGUAA